AUGACCGAUGCAGAGAAGUGGAUGUUGGAGAAACAGACUGCGAGAAUCUUAGCUUCUAGAAGAGGAGAAGGAACAGCUGAAGACGAACAAUGGGAAACGCCUCGAGUGGUCAGUACAAGAAAUGGACUCGGUGUGAAGGAUAGACCCCAAUUCAAGCGAAAUAGAGCAAAGGUAAUGGCAAGAAAGGUGGUAAAAGCGGUACAGAAAAGAGGACAAGAAAACGGUCCAGAAAAGGAAAAGCUGGUCCGGAGAGAACCUGAGUGA